AUGCUUUUUCUCCGGAUUUUCAUAUUGGAGUUGGAAGAUUUCACCGAAAUCAAGAUUAAAAGUGAUGAAAAUUGCCAGGUAACAGGUAAAAUGGUCUCAACCAACUCCACUGUUGCAACUCUUGUAAAGGAAGUGGGUCUUCUUCAGAAGAGGUUCUCGUCUUGCCAAUCACUCCCAGUAUGCAAGGACAUCACCUUUGUCCAUCAGCUUGCAGAAGCUGCUAUUUCUUCCCAGAUCAAACCACGCGAAGAGACUUGUGCAAUAUGCUAUGAAGACUUUCAGUGUGAUAAGAUGUUCGAGCGCAAGAUGGAGAGCGAGAUCAACAUGAGAGACAGAGUCUAUUGUCCGGAACCCACAUGUUCCGCUUUAAUGGCGAAGGACAAGCUCCUUAAACACACAAACGAAUUCUUUCUUGGUGCUGAACAGAUAUCUAAUCAUGCAAAGUUUGAGUCUGUGGCUAAGAGGCAUGGAUUGAAGAAAUGCAGAGUGUGUACCACUUGGGUCGAACGAGUUUAUGGCUGCAACCACAUGACAUGCCGAUACAAAUACGAGUUCUGUUACACGUGCGGCGCUGAGUGGAUAAAUAAGGAACAGACAUGUAAAUGUCGGCUCAUGGAUUAA